UUCUGGCAAGGAUCCAUUGGUUUAACCUGGGGGGUGUUAUGUCGUCACAUUUCUACCAAUUGGCUACAUUUGUACCUUAAUGUUUGCUACGGCAUGCUGCAUGCUAAUUGACAAGCCAUGUUAUUAGCCAGACUGACUGUAUUAGCAGUUGUGUUCUAUGUUUCGUAGGACCUCACAAUUCGCCCGGUGCACAAGAUGGCGUCUCUUAACUUCCGGAUUCUGCGUGGUGUGCAUUACUGUUUCCGGUUGUAGUUUAUUGUAAUAGUUGUGAGGAGAAUUGCGGGAAAAUUUGGAUAGAAAUAGCGAUAAUGAGUGUUUUUAAGGUUAAGGAGAAAAGGUUAACAUAUCAACGGCAAGAGAAGAAAACGUCUCUACACUGUUGUGUGCCUCGAUGUGCUAAUUCGUCGAGGUACAACUCGGAGAUUAGUUUUCAUCGCUUUCCAAUCGAUCCUAAGGACCUCACAAUUUACAGGAACAUCAGCCCUCUAUCCAGCAUUCAGUGCAAUCAGGGAGACAUGCCAUCUAGCUGCGUGGCCAUCAACUGCUCUGUGGAGAGGAGCCCAGACACCCUGAAACAGGGCAUCACCUUUCACAGAUUCCCCAAGGACCCGGUGCGCAGGCUGCAGUGGUGCUCGGCGCUGCGCAGGCAGAGCUGCGACCGCCGGCUCUGGGUGCCCACCAAGAACAGCGUGCUCUGCAGCCUGCACUUCGCCCCGGACAUGUUCGACCGCACCGGGCAGACCGUGCGGCUGCGCGACUCCGCCGUGCCCACGCUCUUUGACUUCCGCAAGAGGAAGAGAGAGGGAGAGGUGGAGCCGGAGAGGCUGGAGAAGGUUCGCGAUUGGCCGAAGAGAGGAAAGAGAGCGAGGCAGGAGGAGCAGGCGGCAGGGCGAAGUGCAGACUCGCCGGCCAGCCUGGGAGACCUGGCGCUGGCGGCGGAGCUGAUGGAGGUGGUCAGCGACACGGUGCAGCAGGUGCAGCUGGGCGUGUGGAGCCGCCGUGGCUUCCUCAACGACCACGGCUGCCUGCCGAUCCCCACCGAGCCGGGCCGGCUGUGCGCCCUGGUGCGCGGCCUGGCCAAGGACCAGCACCGGCAGGAGCAGGCCCUCCUCAGCCUGCAGAAGGCCGUGGAGGGGAAGGACAAGCUGCUGCAGAAGAAGAAGAAGCAGUGGGAGUGGGAGAUGCAGGCGCUGACGGCGGCGCGCGACUCCCGCAUCCGGGUGCUGGAGGAGCAGCUGCAGCAGCAGCGCGCCGAGGCCGCAAGCCUGCAGGAGGAGCUGCGGCGGGCGCGGCAGCAGGCGCAGGCCAGCGCCGAGGCGGCGCUCUCGCUGGACGCCCACCUGCGCGCUCGGAGCCAGGCUCCGCCCCGCCCCACCGCCCUCAGCGCCCGCGCCCUGGCUCGCGGCCCGCCCAAGUGGCUGCGCUUCUACACGGGCUUCCACUCCUACGCCCACUUCAAGGCCCUGCUGGCCUUCCUGCAGGGCGGGGAUGGAGCGGGGCUGGGCUGGGACCUGGAGACGGAGGCGGAGGCGGAGGGCGGGGUGGAGGAGCAGGACGUGGUGAAGGACGAAGACAGCCUGUCCGACCCGCCAUCUCUGGUAACAUGGCCCGAUGUGCAUAUUAACUGCCGUCUACAAAGUCUGGAGACUAGCGUUAAAAUGUGA